AUGGAAGUAACGGCGAUGGAAUACCCUCAAAAUAAAAGUGCAUGGGAAGGCGAGACUCUGAGCCCACAGAAAGCGAAAAUACUCCUCGUACAAACAUCAACGAAAUCAGGCAUUGAACUUACGACAGAGCCAAACUUUCUCAACACAGCUAUUUUGAUCACGUAUGAAUCCGGAGUGAAAGUGAACUGCAUCCUGACCAUCGCUGCCGAGCAUCGAGUGAAUCCGAACGGUUGUGCUCAGAGACUCUUAAAAGUAUGGUCAAGCGCUCCUGACACUACUCUCCAGUCGUUGAACUUCAUAACCAAGGCUCUCAAGCACGCGAGAUUCACCAACGUCUUGGAGUACGUCAAAUUGUCCCAUAUAUUAGACGCUACAAGGACCUAG